UUCUUGAUUGGCCCUUCUUGAAUUUUAAUUUAUAUAUCGAGUUUUUGAAUUCUUUUCAGGGAUAAUAUCUAUGAUUUCCAUGUAAUAUCUCGGGGUUGUUUAAUGACCACCUCGUGUUUUUUCUCUUAUUAUCGAAGAUUACUUUCUUUCUCAACAUUCAAUUCAAUAUUAUUCAAUAUUUGUGAACCCUGAAAUUAGAUGUUUUAGUUCUUUUAUAUGAUAUGAAUUUUCCUUUGGUUUAAUCCAAUAUGUGUUUGAUUCUUGCUGAAGAGAGUAAAGUGUAACCUUUACUUGAACUAGUCGGUGGCUUGAUUGUGAUAAACGUGUUUCUUUAGGAAUAGAAAAUGUCAAGCAAUCAAACAAACUAAAAUAAAAUUAUAUUUUUGCUUAAUAAAAAGCAAAAGAAAAUCCACCCCUCAAUGAGACUGGAAAAUUCUGGGGAUGUGAACUUUGAUCAUGUAAGUCUCUUCUUUCUUUAUUUUUGUCAUAUUUCAUCUUGGUUUCUCCUGUGCGCUGCAUGAUCAUUCAUUUAGGCUAUAACUGUGAACUAUAGGCCAUAUUGUAGUAUAUUCUGAAGGAUAGAGGUAAUAGAUUCUAUCAUUAAUGCCUUGUUGAUAUUUUUUUUCCCCACAUAUAUAGUGGUCUUAGAGAGAAGUUGAAUUUUCGACAUGGCUUCUACAAUGUAUCACUUCUUGCUUGUUGACUUGUGAGUCUGUAUCAUGGAGUGCGUAAAUUGAGCCCUAUCCCUUCACAUGUUACUCAUGUUCACAGUCCGUAACGAAACAUGUAUGGACAGAUGUUGUAUCUGUUGGUUUUACACGUGUCAGAUAUAUACUUGUAUAUGGCGCUUCAAAUUUUUAUACUGCUUACACUAUUUAUCAUUCUUUUUAUUUCAACCCACCGGCUGAAAUUGUUGCUCGUAUCAUUGAACUUUCUUCCUUUUAUAUUGGUGCUUCUACACCUCAUUCUCUCUUCCAUAUUAGGCUAAUUGUUUGUCUCUGUUACUAGUGCAAUUGUAUAUAAUUAGUUUUGAGACCAUCAAUCUCUCUCUUGUUUAAGAUUUUUUUGUGUUUGUCUGCUUAAUAUUAUAAACUAAUUGGGGGUUUGUGUUUGGUGUAUAUGUUAUUACCAGGAAUAAAGGGUUAAUACAACAUUACAUGGACGGAUAUUCAGGUAAAAUAACUGCUCGUGGGGUUGUCCCCAAAAAAGGGUCUGGCAUUGCUUUGAAAGAUAUUGCUAAUAGUACAGAUCAGAGCACUGAAUUCUGCCUUCGACUGGGAUGCAGUGGCAGAAUUAAGUAUACUCAGAUUACUGAAAAUGGAAGCUCUGUUAAAGCUAAAUGUUUGAGGCCAUCAGUUCAUUCUUCAAAUGACAAGAAAAUAAUUGAAAAUCCCCCUAGGACGUGCCCUGUCGCGACCAAUUCCAAAAAACCAGGUCCCGAUUCUAAGAGAAAGUUCUCUUCUCAAUUAGAUAUUAAUCCAUCGGAAAGCAGUGCUUCAGGUGAGACUCUGGACCCUAUGCCUUCACCAAGUAGAACUCGAACAGCACAUCACUCAGAAUCUAGAGAUGCCAAGACUAGAAAGGGUACGAUGAUGGAUGCAGGGAGUUCUAGAGUAACAUCAACUAUUAGAUCAAGAAAAUUAUCUAAUCGUAAUUCUGGGUCAUGCAGCGAAAAUAAUCAGCUAGAUUCUAUUCUACCAGUUUCUGAAAGCUCAGGCCUUAUGGCAAGGAACUCUAUUAUUAGGAGCAGGUAUGGUUUGAGAAGUCUAAAGUGUAAUGCAGUAUCGGAUGUCAUUCCACAAAGUUGUUCAACCUUAGAUUCCAAGCCUAAUACGAAGGAUAUAGUGAAAAAAGGAAAUCCACGAGGGAAAAGCAUUUCAUCUCCUGGAUUGAACCAAACAACUGCAGCUUCAUUCGCCCCGUCAACUAGUGGUAUCUCCAUAUCUAAUCCAAGAACCAACAGAAGUUGGGCUCGUAGAGAGGGGGGAAAUGGAGAUGCAUCUGUCAGCGCUCGGAGGUUUACAAAUAUAAACACAACACCGAGACGUUCUAAUCAACAUAAUGAAAACAGUUCCUCAUUAAGAGAACCGGUGGUCAGGAUCUCUGAGUUACCUCUGCCUGGGCUACCAGUUGAUGCUGGUGGUCACAAUUCCUCUCAACACUUCUCUACAAAUGUUCCUUCAAUUGGUUCAAGUUCAUAUAGUCUUUCAAGUAGUGAUGGCAAUAAUCUCUCCAGUGUAAUGCCUGUAGAAUUGGGCAUUACCCAUUUAAUGGGUCGUAUGACAUUGCAGCGGCUUAAUAUCAGUGGAAUUGCUGAGUUAUUGUUAGCAAUUGGAAGACUUGAACAAGAUGAAGACCUGAAUAGUGAGCAUGUAUCUGCCUUGGGGAUUAGUUUACUCAGUGGGCUUAGCCAUUAUUAUGACCAACAUAGAGACAUGAGACUGGACAUUGACAACAUGUCCUAUGAGGAAUUAUUAGCUUUGGAGGAGAGGAUAGGUACCGUUAGCACUGCACUCUCUGAAGAGGAAUUGUCAAAAUGCCUUAGGAAAAGCAGCUAUCAGGCUAUCUCUUCUGAAGUACGGGACACGGGAUCUUUGGAGGAUGACAAUGACACUAAGUGCUGUAUUUGUCAGGAGGAGUACGAAUUUGGUAAUGAAAUUGGUACUUUGGGAUGCCAGCACGGGUAUCACAUGGCAUGUGUCGUACAAUGGUUGCGGCUGAAGAAUUGGUGUCCCAUCUGCAAGGUUUCUGCAUCUCCCUCUCAACGAUCUUAGUUUAGUUGAAUGUGGACUAGAUGUUGGGGAAUGUUUGAAGUACCCAUGUACAUAUCAAUAUCUUUCUUCUCUUCUGCUUUUUUUUUUGUUUUACAUCCUCGAUAAACGUCCAAGUUCUGGGAACUUUGUGAAGAUUUGUAUGAUAUAACGGCUUCAUUUCAUGAACUCAAAUUCUACAUUUAAUCC